AUGGGGUUUCGAGAAAAUUGCACGUUCAGUGCCUGGAAAUGGCUAGGCUUCGUUUCUGCCAUAUGGGUCCAGAUCGUUUCAGGCAAUAACUAUACUUUUUCAAACUACUCUGAUGCUCUCAAGACGCUUAUGAACCUUACCCAGCUUGAGCUUAACAAUUUGUCUGUGGCUAAAGAUGUUGGUAAGGCUUUUGGUCUCCUUGCUGGCCUUGCCUCUGAUCGUUUCCCCAUGCCGGUUAUUCUCCUUAUUGGUGCCAUUGAAGGCCUGAUAGGUUAUGGUGCUCAAUGGCUUGUCGUUAGUCGGAACAUUCAACUACUUCCUUACUGGCAGAUGUGUGUAUUCCUGUGCAUGGGAGGCAACAGCACUACAUGGAUGAACACGGCGGUGUUAGUAACUUGCAUGCGCAACUUCCGCCGCAACCGUGGGCCAGUCUCUGGCAUCUUAAAAGGCUACAUCGGCCUCAGCACCGCCAUCUUCACUGACCUCUGCUCCGCCCUCUUCUCCAAUGACCCCGCCAGAUUCCUCAUCAUGCUCGCCGUCAUCCCCUCUGCUGUUUGCCUCACCGCCGUCUUCUUCCUCCGUGAAAUCCCCCAAUCCACCUCCGUCGCUGCAGAAAAGGAAGAAACCCGCUAUUUCGCAAUAUUUAACGUAGAUGCCAUUAUCGUCGCUGUUUAUCUUUUAGCUUACGAUCUGAUCGGUUCGACCAAUCAAGUCUUUUCGCUCGUUUUCGCUUUUAUACUUCUUAUUUUAUUAGCCAGCCCGUUGGCGAUUCCGGUUUAUUCUUUUGUCAAGAGUUGGCGCUUCGUCGGGUCCGGAGCUGACACGGAGCGACAGGAACCGUUGCUGAAAUCGGAAACGAAGGCAACUGAGGCUGAGAAAACGGAGGUUGUUGCUGAGGAGGCGCAAGUGGAGGCGGAGGGAGAUAUGGCGUUGCCGGAGAUAGGAGAGGAUCACACGAUAUUAGAGGCGGUGCGGACCUGGGAGUUUUGGCUUUUGUUUGUGUCGUUUUUGUGUGGGGUGGGGACAGGCUUGGCGGUGAUGAAUAACAUGGCGCAGAUUGGUUUGGCCCUUGGCCAUGCGGACGUUUCUAUUUUCGUGUCACUGACCAGUAUUUGGGGCCUUUUUGGACGGAUCAUUUCGGGUUCAGUUUCAGAGUACUUUCUCAAGAAUGCUGGAACACCUAGGCCUCUUUGGAAUGCAGCAUCUCAGAUCCUGAUGGCGGUUGGUUUCCUUCUCAUGGCAUUGUCAAUGCCUGGUUGCCUUUACAUUGGUUCAAUUGUUGUUGGCAUCUGCUAUGGAGUCCGUCUAGCAGUGACAGUCUCUGUUGCCUCCGAACUAUUUGGUCUCAAAUAUUAUGGUCUGAUAUACAACACUUUAAUCCUCAACCUGCCCAUUGGUUCUUUCCUCUUUUCUGGCCUUCUUGCUGGCUACCUAUAUGAUGCACAGGCUACGCCAACACCGGGAGGCGGGAAUACCUGUGUGGGAGCCCAUUGUUAUGGUCUUGUGUUUAUCAUAAUGGCUAUAGCCUCAGUUAUUGGAUUUGGAUUGGAUGUUUUGCUCGCGAUUAGAACCAAGAACAUUUAUUACAAGAUAUUCACCAGUCGGAAAUUGAAGAAAUCCUUGACGGCAUCUACUGGCUGGUGAUAGACAAUUCUACAGCAAAGGGAAGGCUGGAAUCGUAGGAUUGAUGAGCUUUUUUGCUCAGUGAUAUCCUAGGCACAGCAUU